UUUAGACAGUCUAACAAAAAAAGAGAAAAAACCCGUCUGGUGCUGGUGCUAGAGCCCUCGUAUGUGACACGUCACUGAAGGUAGGGCUGAUGUAAAAAUGGCGACUGCCUACGAGAGCUUCAAUUUGCAUACAACACCUGAGCGAUUCUACAUCGAAGCCUGCGACGAUGGCGCCAAUGACGUUUUGGCCAUUGACAGGGUGUCGACAGAGAUGACACUGACGGUACGGAAGGACAUCCCACCCUCAGCAGUGACACAGCCGAUAUGUGGUGUGAUGGGAAUGAUACGCCUGGUAGCAGGCACCUACCUGAUCUUGAUCACCAAGAAGAAGAAGGUGGGCGAGCUGUUCGGCCACGCGGUGUGGAAAGCUGUGGAGUUUGACAUCAUCUCCUACAAGAAGACUGUCCUCCACCUCACUGACAACCAGAUGCAGGACAACAAGGCCUUCCUGUCCAUGAUCAACGCUGUCUUGCACACCGACGGCUUCUACUUCGCCACCGAUUAUGACUUGACGCACACACUGCAGCGCUUGGCCAACACAAGCCCAGAGUUCCAGGAGAUGACGCUGCUGGAGAGGGCGGAUCAGCGGUUUGUGUGGAACGGACACAUGCUGAGAGACUUCAUGAAUCAACCUGAGCUGCACAAGUUUGUCUACGCUGUCAUACACGGCUUCAUUGUCAUGCACUCGUGCUGCAUCAACAGCAAAGGAUUCAGCUGGAGCCUGAUCUCCAGGCGGAGCUGCUUCAGGGCCGGGGUGCGCUACUACGUCCGAGGCAUCGACUCUGAAGGUCAUGCCGCCAACUUUGUGGAGACAGAGCAGAUCAUCCAGCACAAUGGCUCCAAGGCCUCUUUUGUCCAGACCCGAGGCUCCAUCCCCUUCUACUGGUCCCAGAGGCCAAACCUCAAGUACAAGCCCAAGCCCCAGAUCAGCAAGAACACCAACCACCUUGAUGGUUUCCAGAGGCAUUUUGACUCCCAGGUCAUUACGUAUGGCAAACAAGUCAUCUUAAACUUGAUUAACCAGAAAGGGUCAGAGAAGCCCCUGGAAUUGGCCUUUGCCAAGAUGGUGACCAAUGCUGGCAAUGGAAUGGUGAAGUACAUUGCGUUUGACUUCCAUAAGGAGUGUAGCCGCAUGAGGUGGCAUCGUCUACAGAUACUGGUGGACAUGGUGGCAGAGAUGCAGGAGGAGUUUGGGUACUUCCUGGUAGACGCCGAGGGCAACGUGCUGGUGCAACAGGAGGGGACGUUCCGUAGUAACUGUAUGGACUGCCUGGACCGCACCAAUGUUGUGCAGAGUCUACUAGCCAGACGAUCUCUACAGUCUCAGCUACAGAGGAUGGGAGUGCUACAUGCGGGCCAGAGGAUUGAGGAGCAGGCCGACUUUGAAAAGGCCUACAAGAACGCAUGGGCAGAUAAUGCGGAUGCGUGUGCCAAGCAGUAUGCGGGUACUGGAGCGCUGAAGACUGAUUUCACACGGAUGGGCAAGAGGACCCAUGUAGGUCUGCUGAUGGAUGGCUGGAACUCAAUGAUCCGCUACUACAAGAACAACUUCUCAGACGGCUUCAGACAGGACUCAAUAGACCUGUUCCUGGGUAACUAUGCGGUGGACGAGCUGGAUAUGAGCACCCCUCUUCAUGAGCCCAAAGACUGGAAGUUCCUCACGCUGCCCAUAAUCAUGGUGGUGGCCUUCUCCAUGUGCAUCAUCUGCCUCCUCAUGGCCGGUGACACCUGGACGGAGACGCUGGCGUACGUGCUGUUCUGGGGCGGGGCCAGUGUGGUGACGGGCGGCGUCAUCCUCUUCAACGGGCGGGACUUUGUGGACGCGCCGCGGCUGGUGCAGAAGGAGAAGCUGGACUGAAUGUGCGCGUGUGGAAAGCAGCUGGGUCCCGCCGACACCCUCCUCAACGCCUCCUCCUCCGCCUCCUCCUCCUCCUCCUCCUCCCACGCCCACGAUGCCUCCUCCUUCCCGCGCCUCCGCCAGGACUGGAGUCUCUACUGAGCCCCAACCCCGACCGGACCGGAUCGGACCAACACACCACACCACGCCCCAGUCUGGGUCCGGGUCCUGGUUCGGGUUCAGGAGGCCAAGGCCUAGCCUAGCCUAGCCUAGCCUACCGAGGUCAAGCUUGGACGUCAGGUUGAGCUGUGCUGUGCUGAACCGCGUCAAACCGGCUGGGCCAGGGCCAAACCAAACAGGCCCAGGAUGGGGGAAGAUGUGGGGAGGAAA